CAGAAGUUAGUCCAAGUCUGAGGCAGUCCAAAUGAACAAGUUAAUAGCUCUGCUGGUCGUUCUUGGCCUGAGUGCUCUCGUUUCGGGCGAACGCAUUGUCAACUGCUACUGGGGCACCUGGGCGAACUAUCGGAGUGGCAAUGGCAAGUUCGAUGUAUCGAACAUCGAUGCCAACCUGUGCACCCACCUGAGCUAUUCGUUCUUCGGCAUCAAUGACAAUGGCGAGAUUCAGUCGCUGGAUACCUGGCUGGACUAUGACUUGGGCUUCAUCAGCCAGGCCGUUGGCCUGAAGAGCCAAAAUCAUAAUCUCAAGGUAUUGGCCGUGGUGGGUGGCUGGAACGAGGGAUCUGUCAAGUACUCCGCCAUGGCCGGCGACUGGAACAGACGGCAAAACUUCAUCAACUCGGCGCUGAACUUACUGCGCAACAACGGCUUCGAUGGCUUGGAUCUGGACUGGGAGUACCCCAAUCAGCGUGGCGGCCAGUGGGAGGAUCGCGCCAAUUUUGUGACUCUACUGCGCGAGCUGAGGGAGGCAUUUGCACCUUAUGGCUAUGAGCUGAGCAUUGCCGUAGGCGCCGGCGAGUCGAUAGCCAGCAGCUCCUAUGAAAUAGCCAAUAUCGCCCAGCAGGUGAACUUCAUCAAUGUUAUGACGUACGACUUUGCCAUGGCUUCCGAUGGCCAGACUGGCUUCAAUGCGCCCCAGUGGGCCAUCGAGAACUCGAUUAACUAUUGGCUCAACAACGGGGCGCCCGCUGAUAAGCUCGUGCUUGGCAUUGGCACAUAUGGACGCAGCUUCCAGCUAACUGACGCCUCUCAGAACUGGCCCGGAGCACCAUGUCGGGGCGUGGGCGGUGCCGGCCCCUUUACCGGCGAGGGCGGCUACCUGGGCUACAACGAAAUCUGCGUGAACAAUUGGCAGACGGUCUUCGACUACAAUAAUGCAGCGCCCUAUGCCUUCUCCGGCGAUCAGUGGGUCAGUUUCGACAAUGUGCUCAGUGUUCAGUGGAAGAUGGACUUUGCUCUCUCCAAGAAUCUAGCCGGCGCCAUGGUCUGGUCCCUGGAGACCGACGACUUCCGUGGCCUCUGCGGCGAGUCAUUCCCUCUGCUGAAGACCAUCAACCGAAAGUUGCGUUGGAUACCACGGAAUAAGCCGACUUACAGAGAAAACAUGAAUACGCUUGCGUGCUUAGUAUUAUUUGUUCUUUGCCUCGGCCGGAUGGCCUCCAGUGACAAGAUCCUCAACUGUUACUGGGGCACCUGGGCCAACUAUCGCCCUGGAGAUGGCAAGUUCGAGCCCUCGAAUAUCGAUCCAUUCCUGUGCACCCACAUUAGCUACACGUUCUUUGGCAUCAGCGACUCCGGCGAAUUCAAGUCCCUGGACACUUGGCUCGAUAUGGACGAUGGCCUAGGCUUUAUAAGCAAGACAAUCGCACUGAAGCAACGGAAUCCCAAACUCAAAGUAUUGGCAGUUGUGGGUGGAUGGAACGAAGGAUCCACCAAGUACUCGGCCAUGGCUGCUGAUCCAGCCAAGCGAGCGACCUUUAUAUCCUCCACAUUGGCAUUCAUCCGGCAACAUGGCUUUGAUGGACUCGACUUGGACUGGGAAUAUCCUGGACAGCGCGGAGGAAGUUCAGCAGAUCGGGCGAACUUCGUAACUCUUCUACGGGAAAUUAAAGAAGCAUUCGCUCCUCACGGCCUCGAGCUUGGCAUCGCUGUGGGAGCCUCUGAGGCGUCUGCCGCCAUUUCCUACGAUAUUCCGGCAAUUUCUGAGCAUCUAACAUUCAUUAAUGUUAUGACCUACGACUUCCACAUGGCAAUGGAUGGCUAUUUGGGAUUCAAUGCUCCAUAUCCAGAGGUGGAGAAGUCCAUCGAUUACUGGCUGAGCCAAGGUGCGCCGGCCGAGAAGUUAAUCCUUGGAAUUGGUUUCUAUGGCCACAGCUACCAGAUGGCGGACAGCUCGCAAAAUCAACCGGGAGCACCUUGCAGGGGACCCGGAGAAGCCGGACCAUACACUCGCGAACGAGGUUUCAUGGGCUAUCAUGAAAUAUGCCAAAAGAACUGGCAAACCGUGUUUGACGGAGAGAAAAAGUCGCCUUAUGCAUUCAGUGGGGAUCAGUGGAUUGGCUACGACAACGUGCAGAGCAUCGAACUCAAGAUGCAAUUGGUGCAGUCACGAAAUUUGGGCGGCGCCAUGACCUGGUCCAUCGAGACCGACGACUUCCGUGGGCUAUGUGGGGAGACUUAUCCGCUGUUGAAGGCAAUGAACAGGGGACUGGGAGUGGAUGUGGGCAAUGGAGGAGGUAGUGGUGGCGGUGGUGUAACUGCUGCACCUACACCUAAGCCGACUACGACUCCGACUCCGACUUCAACUCUAGCUCCGACUGGAACUCCAACCCCGACCGCUACUGCGCCUCCAACUCCAACACCAAUUCUAACUCCAACUACAACUCCGACUUGGAGUCCAACUACAACUCCGCCUCCGACAGCGACUCAGAACUGUGCAAGAGAUGGUUUCUUUAUGCAAGAAGGUGACUGCAAUCGAUUCUUCAGGUGUGUGAAUGGAGUUCGCUAUAACUUUACUUGCCCGUCAGGUUUAUACUUCGAUAUUAAGACGAAUACCUGUAAUUGGCCUUCAUUAGUCAAAUGUCUAUAUUAAUUGGAAAAGAAAAAACAAAUAUAAAUAAAAAAUUUUAAAAUUUG